GCUCUGAUAUGAUUGGUAAGGGAAAGUGGGGGAAUGGUGCGCGGCGGGUAAUCGUGCGCUGCAUUGUAUUUCAAAUUCCGUGGAAGAUUUUACGAACUCAACCAGUCCUACACCUUUCAACCGAUCUCAUGAACGAUUUACGCCAUUAUCUUCAGUCGACCAUUGUACGUGGAGUAAGUCAGAUCCGCUUAUUGAAAAUUGCAAGAAUUCUUCUAGUCUUUCUGCUCCAAAAAAAUAGGACGGAACGAAAUAUGCUUCAUGUAAAUCAUGUAGAUACCAGGAAAAAUGGAAGGACAAAUAAAAGAAGAAAUAGAAGAGACACAAGUAUCUACAAUAGAGAAAAUGAGUUAAUAUUUGGUGCACAUAAAUUUAGUUUCAAUAGAUACAAAAAAAAGAGGAGGUAGAAAGAGAUAAUAAUAAGAAACGAGAAGGGAUACAAGCACAACAACGAGCAAUGAGCAAUGAGUAUAGUCCUAUAAUAAGAGACUCAUUAAUAUUCAGCUCAGCAGGAUGCUAUUGUUCGAAAUGUGUACUUUACAUAAACAAGGAAUCAUUCCAUAAAUCAGGUAGGUCCCUUGUUUAUGGAAUUUCACACCUCGAAAAAUAGCCUGCUGAGCUUAAUAUUAACGAGUCUCUCAGAUAGAUUGUACUAUAGACCAGGGCGCAUCUGUAAAAAUAUUAGUACAUUUGGACGUUGAGAGGUGACUCAAAUUUUUUUGCAG